CAGCAACGCGGUUAUCUGUUCCAGGUCUAUAGACUGACCAAGUAGUUCAAGAUACAAGAAUAAGAUACCCGCUGUCGCAGAAAAAGACAGCUGUGCAUCAUGAAUUACCUUCUGCCAAAUAAUAUAGAGCUCAUCCAUGUUCCUUAAUUUUUCGUUUCCUCAUAGCCCGCAAUCACAGAUUGACAGUGUGGGGGUUUCGGCCACCCUGAACCAAGCGGCCCUGGGGAGGUGUAGCUCGUAGCUGUCAACACUGGAUUCCCCCUGUCACGAUGAAUCCACGGACAAAGUGGUCUUGUCCUGUGUGUACAUACGAGAACUGGCCAGCAUCGACCAAGUGUACUAUCUGUCGGACUCCCCGCUCCUCUGCGCUUAUUGAAGAGGAAAUGCAGCGUCUAAAGGUUUGCCCCAAGAAAGUCGACGAACCCAACGUUUCUGAGGAAUUGGAACAUUCAAUAGCCUGUUCAUCUUGUACCUAUUUGAACAAACCCACGUCUUUCAAAUGUGAACAAUGCUUUCAUGUCCUGUAUGAGUUAGCUGAAUUAGAACCCGCGGCACAAAAGCCUGUCCCUUCGGUAUCUGCCACUUCUCCAGGUUCACCUUCGCUUCCCGCUGAAUCUGAUAAAUGGUCGUGUCCACAAUGUACUUACGAGAACUGGCCAAAAAGCAAAUUCUGCGUAAUGUGUUGUGGUCCACCACCACCGUUUCCUUCGGCGGCACUUGCUCAUCCUCCAACGACUCCUUCGCUUCCUCCUCAGUCACCUCACUACGGUACAGACCUCGCCGCUGAAGACCUCACCAAUCGGGACAGCAUCUCGGCAGCAGCCCGACGCACAAAAAUGAGCUUUCGUGAUAAACUUUGGCUUGAGGCUUGUCGUGCUGUUGUAGACGGUGAGGUUGCCUCCAUUGAACGCUAUCUGUUAAGCGGCGGUCGGAUGGAAAGGCGGUUGACAAAACAGGAAUGUCGCCAUAUGGACCACUUACAAAGCCCAGCAUCAUCGACGCCCAAUCCCUGUGGCUCCAUUAGCCUGGAAAAUGUAUCUCCCUUGCCGAGUGACGAAUACAAAACUCAGCCUUCUGGUUUCGCGCCGGUAUCCGAGAUACCUUUCGCUGAAGAACCUGCUAGUGUUUCCAAUGGUUCGAAAUUUCGUCCGGGACUGACGCUCGUUGAUCUCGCCAUACGUUGUGGACGAACGGACUUGAUAAAUCUCUUCAUUGCUUUGAGUGGGCUUCAGGCCACUGGUGCUGCUGUAUCCAUGACUGCCACUUCAAAGAGCGGGUCGCGCAAUUCCCUUAGUCCAUGCACACCACAGGGUGCGACUUCCCAAUCGAAGACCAACCAGCCCGGUGGACGUCGAACCUCUGGAAAUCACACAAAUCUACCAUUACAACAGAUCCUGAGUCGUGCCUCUAGUAUAUCGAACCGAAGUGGUGUAACUCGAAGCAAAUGGAUGCCUUGCCAAGCCAGCCAACAAAUUGCCCGAGAACUUCGGAGCUUUAUCGCUUCUGGAAUUAAGUACAAUCAGGGGGAGUUUCCGUGUGCUUUCCUAUCUGAAUGGGGAACUUUUGCCCUUCCCUAUUCGGUCGGAAAAUUCCCUGCGCCUGUCAAGUAUUUGCUACUUUCGGAGCUAUGCGAUACACAGGCGCAAACAGCGUCGGUGAAUAUCCCUAAGACCCCUACUUUUCUUUCUCCAGAACUGGAAGAUGAUGCGAAAGCGAUUAAUUGGUGGUUUAUUCCUGGUCACAAACAAGCCAGUCGGCUUUUCGCCCUGUGGAAUCGAACAGCCGGUGACUGUCUUCUCGAUAGUGUGCUACAGGCCUGCUGGGGUAUAUUUGAUCGAGAGAACGUACUGCGUCGCACCCUCUCAGAAAGUUUGCGAGCGUGCGAGGCUAGCUUCUAUUCUCGUUGGCACGAUUACGAAGCGCUGCAAGCUGCGUGUCACUAUAUCCUGGAUGAGAACCAAUGCCGCCGAGAUUGGGACAAUGUGUUGAGUGCAGCAAGUCAACCACGUGGCGCUCUUGAACAAAUUCAUAUCUUUGCCCUCAGUCACAUACUUCGUCGACCCAUCAUUGUGUACGGAGUGAAGUACAUAAAGAACUAUCGAGACGAGCCAAUCGGAAUCGCCAACUUCCAAGCUCUCGUACCUAUGGAACCCCAACCACUAGGUUCUACAACUAAUCCAGACGUACAGAUCAGCCCUAGUGCCAGUUCAUCACCGUUUACGUCUCCUCGCAACACGUCCUCGUCAUCGUCACGGAAGCACAGCCCAACUCCGCCUGAUGACGCCUCCAUACCCCCAGCGACCACUAUCAGUAUUUCUUCGGCCGAAUCACAUUUGAUGGCUGUUGCUGAGUCUCUUCUAUCAGCUGGUGCGACCAAUGCAUCGACGCAGCAAACAUUCAUCUACUUACCGCUGGUCGAUCGACAAGGUGUUUUACUUCCCAUACACUUUACUACCGUGAAGGAAGCUAGCUCUUCGCAUACGUUGCUUCGUGACUGGUUAGAUGUUGUGUCCACGCGACGAGGACUGCCCCUCGCUCGACUGCGUCUACAGCCACGUCAUCCACUGGUUGAUCGUAUGAUGGAUGAUUGGCUUGGGUCAUACCGAUCACUGGCCAAACUAUCGUCUACACACCCUGUUUCGGCGACUGGUUUUCCAGGUAUCCAAUCACGUCAGAGUUCCGAAAGCUCUGCUUCCAGCACCUCUUCCUCUACGUCGUCGUCUGUUUCUUCCUUGUCUGCCGCGUCUGAAAACUGUGAUAGAUCUAACCCCUUUGAUCCGGACAACAGUCAGCAUAGUCAGAGUACUUGAAUAGCCCGGAACAGCAUUUGCACACACUGACUCGAAAUGUUGACAGUUCCUUUUCAUAUUUAUUGGGGGCGUCCCGGCAACCUGAAUGGCAGCGUUACUCUCAACAUAUUUCCCUAUCCCUUUACAAUAUCAACUCGCUAGUAGGCUGUGGUGGUGAGGACCGAGUUGGUUUUAUUUCAACUUGAAUUUUGUACCUGCCCCUGGCCGCCACACUGCGGUUCGUAAUCUUACUGUGUUCUUACUCCAUCAUGCCACCGUCUUUAUGCACUCUGAAACGAACUCUUUCGAACAGCUUGUCAUUCUUAUCGGUGUGGCAACAAACGCCGUCACCUAGGGAUGUGUGGCUUACAGUACAGGGGUGACCGCUAUCACUAGAUACUUUCAACGUCUAGUUGGUGUUUCUAGGACCCGUCAGCUCACCUGCGUAUGUAACUUGCAUGUGGAUUCAUUCGUCUGUGACCUAUGCGCAUUGUUUUUUCUACCUGGCUGUGGUAUGCUGGCGACGCACGCGCCCAUUUGAAUGCUGUCCAUCGCUCUGAGUUUUUGUCUGCUACUGUGUACUAUUCUCAUUAAUCAUUUUGGAAUUGGCUGGCCCCACUGCUAAUGUUUCUUACACUUCGUUUGCAAACCGAAGGACCAUUAUUUUGAUUUGUUUUGUUCUAUGUAUUCGCGUCUUAUGGAA